CAGAGCGGAGCUGUCGGUCAAACACCAGCCCCGCCCCCGACUCAGACUGCGGAGCGCUCCGGGACCAGGACCUGAGGAUCUGGACUUUGUUGCUUAGAGUGUGUGUGAUUGAUCCAGAUCGACGGUACCGAUCAGCUGAUCGAUGUCCCGGCUGCUGGAGAGCAGGAAGGAGAAGGACAGGAUGAGGGAGACCAGCUUGAAGAACAAGGAGAAGGAGCGCCUGAAAGAGCGCGAGAAGGAGACGAGAGAGCGGGAGGCACGUUCCAGCAGCGGCCACCUCUUCACCUCGUUGAGUGUGUCAGCCACUACGCUGUGCUCAUCCUGCAACAAGAGCAUCACAGCCAAGGAGGCGCUGAGCUGCCCAGGAUGUAAUGUCACCAUCCACAACCGCUGCAGGGACAGUGUGGCCAGCUGUGCCAAGAUGAAGCAGAGGCAACAGAAGCUGACCUUGGUCAGAAACAAUUCGGCUCUACAGAAUGUCGCCCUGCGUACCAAAACUCCAAUGAUGAAGGAACGUCCAAGCUCAGCCAUCUAUCCCUCAGACACUCUGCGACAGUCCCUGCUCGGAUCCAGACGGGUUCGAUCUGGCCUCACGCUCGCCAAGAGUGUCUCCACCAAUAACAUUGCAGGGGGGACGGAGGAUUCUGUGGGUCUCAGGAGGAUUCUGUCUCAGUCCACAGAGUCUCUGAACUUCCGCAACAGAACUUUAUCCAUGGAGUCUCUCACAGAUGACGGUGAGUGGUGGUGGAGCCCCCUGCUGGAGGAACUGCAGAAGGAGGGCUGCUGCGUUCAGGCCGACAGCUGGAGUUUGGCCGUGGAUUCAAAGUUCCUGCAGACGCAGCACAAAGACGUCAUCAAGCAGCAGGACGUCAUCUACGAGCUCAUUCAGACUGAAUUCCACCACGUUCGGACGUUGAGGAUCAUGGAGGGUGUGUACCGGAGAGGGAUGCAGGAGGAAGUGAUGCUAGAGGCGGGUGUCGUCCACAUCAUCUUCCCCUGUCUGGACCAGCUGCUGGAGCUCCACUCCAGUUUCCUGUCACAGCUGCUGAACCGGAGGAAGGAGGGACUGGUGGAGGGAAGCUCCAACAACUUCACCGUCCGCCGGCUGGGAGACCUGCUGCUCCGACAGUUUUCAGGUCAGUGUGCCGAGGACAUGAAGAAGCUGUACUCAGAGUUCUGCAGCCGCCACCCUAAAGCUGUUAAACUCUACAAAGAAGUUUUAAACCGAGACCGAAGACUGCAGCAGUUCAUCAGGCGGGCCUGUCGUGGUCCUCUGCUGCGUCGUCAUGGCGUCCUGGAGUGCAUCCUGCUAGUAACCCAGCGGAUCACAAAGUACCCGGUCCUGAUCCAGAGAAUCCUGGACAACACCAAAGGUUGUCCAGAGGAGCGGCAGGACAUAGAGAAGGCCUUGAUCCUCCUGAAGGAGCUGAUCAGCUCAGUGGACCAGGAGGUCCUGGAGCUGGACCGGAACCGGAGGCUGCAGGAGAUCCAGGCUCGUUUGGACCCACGAGCCGAGGCUGAGGUUAAAGGAGGAGGAGUCUUCAGAGGAGGGGAGCUCCUGCGGAGGAAACUAGUCCAUGAGGGGACCCUCGCCUGGAAGGUCCAGGGCUCCAGAAUGAAAGAUGUGCAGGUCUUGCUGAUGUCAGACAUCUUAGUUUUCCUCCAGGAGAAGGACCAGAAGUUCACUUUUGCGUCACUAGACAAGUCUCCGGUGGUCUCCCUGACCGAGCUGAUCGUCAGAGAAGUAGCCAAUCAGGAGAAAGGGAUGUACCUGAUCAGUAAUUCCCCCCCCCCAGAGAUGUACGAGCUGUAUGCUUCGUCCAAAGAUGACCGGAAGACCUGGAUGAGCUGCAUCCAGCAGACCGCUGCAAGCUGUCCACCCAGAGACGAGUUUCCUCUCAUUGAAACUGAGGACAAGGCUUUACUGCGCAGACUAAGAGCUGACAUUCAGCAGAAGGACAAGGAGGUUCUGGAGCUUCUGCAAGAGCGUGCCACCUUGUUCUCAGACCUGGUACAGGCAACAACAUGUGGAGAAGCUGGGGAAGAGAAAUGUGUGGAGGUGAAGACCUCCUCCAACAGGAACCUGUUCAGAGCCGACACCCCUCACGCUCCCAAAGCCGAACCGCUCCUCCUUGCUGCUAUUGGAGAAGUCAACAAACUGACGGCGCUGCUGUCCGACUCCAGCACGCAGAGAUCCUCCGUAACCAACGGCAACCAAGACAUGAGCAAUGGGGACUCUGGUUCUCUCAAUGAUUCUUUUAAACUGAACAACAGUUCUUCAAAGGACAGGAACGGGAACCAGCUGCAGGAGCGGAGCCUGAAUGAGGAAGUGAGCCAACGGCUGGUCGGUCUGAGCACACAGCUUCACGCCCUGCAGGCUGCGGUGAUUCGUCAGGAUUCGAUCCUAGAACUAACAGUCAGCACUGGCCCUAUGCCACCCGCUGCCCCAGGCUUCGCCCCUGGCUCCCGCCUUGUUCGAUCGAUGUCCCGAGACGCGGCGCUGGAUGCCAGUGGGGAGGCAGUGCUUCUGCGACGGCAGGUGGAGCUGCUGCAGGAGGAGCUGUCACGGUUGCGUCUGAAGGCAGAGGAGUGCAACAAGAAGGGGUCAGGAAAGAAGAAGAAGAAGAACAAAGGAAAGGGUGAUGCCACCAAGGACCAACAGGUGAGUCUGGAGAGCCAGGUGAAUGAACACAGCGAAGGUGAUGAGCCAAACACCGCUGUGUCUCCCUGCAGGUCAUCAAAGCAAGAGGAGCCCGAGCCACAAUCCCUCGCCCCACUGGCUAUAGAAGAUCCUGUCGACCAGUUAGAUGGCCUGGAAGAGGGAAAUGAGGAGGAAGAGGAAGUGAUGAAGAUCUCUCCACGCUCUGACAGCCCCAGAGACCUGCAGGACAUCCCAGAAGAGAGCGAGAGUUAACCUCGUGGCUUCCUCUGUGGACCUCGCCGCAGUGAUGUCAUCGUGAUGUCACCGUCGCUGCCAGAGAUCCAUUCACCGUUGGACUUUUUUCCUUGAACAUUUCUACAUUUUUCUGUUAGAUACAGGAAGUAUAACCGUGGGAACUGUUUACGGGAUCAUGUCUGCUGGAGGGGGGGGGGGUAAAAGAGGGAGGGGCUUAAAAAGGCUGGGGUCAUGUCUAGAUGGAGGCCUGGCGUCAAGGCAGGUGGGAGGAGUUUGUGUGUCUUAGUCCAAAGUUCAAAGUCUGCUUCAAAAAACAAACUUCAGGAGAUCAGUCCUUCUGAGAGCUGCUGAUCCCUGAAAACCACUGAGAGAACUCCUGAGAAUCUCCAAGAUGAUUCCUGGGAAUCUCUGAGAGGCUUCCUGGGAAUUAGUCCCUUCUAAAGCAAACCAACACCUCAGGCUUCUGGUGUUAGGUGAGAAAGGGCAUUGGUGAUUGAACAGAACCCUGUAGCUUUUUUGUGAGCAUUUUUAUUGGAAUCGUAGUAAGAAACAGAAACUUCUAGAUGUUUCAUGUGGUUUGUUGGUCUAUGAAGGCAGGGCAACUUUAUUUAUAAGGCACCAUUUAUACCCCAGACAAUCCCAAGUGCUUUAUUGGACAUUAAGGGAAAAACAUAAAAAUAACAAACCUUUAUGGUUUGAAGAACACUGCAUGAACAGAAACACAUUUUAACAUAGAAUAUAAUCUAAAUUCCCCCACUUCAAAAACUCAUCAGUGAUCAGGCAAACAGUUCAUUACUGAAAUUCUUUGAUCCAAACUGCUGUAAAUAAACAUUUUUCAUCCUGAAUUAAAGGAAACUACAGUUUCUGCACAUCUCGGGUUUUCAGGCCAUUUGUUUCAGAGCUGAGGAGCAUGGAAACUAAAUGCUGCCUCACCUUGUUUAGUUCUGGUUCUGGGGUGUCUACAUGGUUCAUACCUGACCAACAACCAAGAACCAAGAAAUGUAGUGAUGACAAAUAGAGGUCCAGUGCAGUGAUUUAAGAACUGGUUCUGACAUGAUCCAUUUUUCUGGUGUCAGUCAGCAACAUUUUGACAAGAGCUGCAGCUGUCUUGAUUUGGUUUUUUCCAGAGACCAGUUAAGACACUGUUGCAGUGAUCUGACCUACUGGAAAUAAAGGCAUGCGUCAGUUGUGUGUCGUCAGCAUAUAUAUAGUAGGAGAUGUUGCAGGGGUCUGAGCUUGGGAGUAAAGCUCAGAGUUACCAUGGUAACCGGAGAAUGGGCCCCACAGUUGAUUUUCUUGGAAGUUGAAGUUUCCAAACGCUACUGAAUAUUUCUGGAGGUAGCAGGAGGUUCCUGAGUCUUUCAGGAUUCUUGAGGAAGGUUUCAGCAGUCUUCAUCAAUACAAACUGGACAGACCUCCUCCAGGACCUGAAGCAGAAAUAUUUUUUUCCUCACUCAGAGCCAAACAUGAGACACAUGAACGGUCACCACACUACAUUACCCAGAAGGCCUUUGGACCUGCAAUCUGACUGUGUGAACUUUAUUUAAACAAAAGUGUAGUUUACGAAACAUUAGUUUGCUACUGUCUGAAUAUUUAGCUUCAAAAUCUGUUAGUUUCAGGUGAAGCCAAAAAAGUUUGGAUUAGCCUUUAUUGUGCAGCAGCAAGGGAGGAACCAGUUAGUGAUGGGGACUGGGGGGGGUGUGCUGGGUGAAUGGGAGGGCAUGGGAGGGGGGACUGCAUGACAUCACAGCUGCUGUACAUUAGCACAUAGCAUGUUAGCAUGUCUUUUCUAUAAGAGUUAAUUAAUGAUCUCGUAAAUGUUAAAAUGUUAAAGAUGAUGAUGAUGCGUGUAGAACACGUGUGUUAUGUCCAAAUGAACUUUAAGCUUCUGCUACAAAAGCUACAAAUCUGAAGAAUCUGCUGGACACUGUUGCAUGGAGGCUGCUGAUGGAGUGCUGAGGUCACAUGAUGCAAAGCAUCCACAGCAAACAGCUGAUAAGGAACACUAUGAACCUGCUGAUGGACACAAAUGACUCCAGCUGCUUCAGCUGAUGAUGAUGAGCAACAUACUGAAAAGAUGAAGUUUUACUGUUUUAUUUCAAGGUCCAAAAAAUGCCUGAACAUUUACAGAAACAUCCAGGUGUUCGUCUGUAAGCUCCAGAUUUUUAUCAGGUUAAAUCCGUGCUGUAACAUUUCAUUAACUGAACUGAGCUCUGAUCUGUCUCUUUGAUUUCUGCUGAAAAUAUAAAGAUCAUCAGCUGCU